AUGGAUCCACGCGCCCUGGCGGAUAAGAAGUUCGACUCAUUGGUUGACAUGUGGGGCCUGGCGCUGGCUAUUUGGGAGCUUGUUACGCGAAGGCAAUGCUUUUACGGAUUGACUGACAAAGAACUCCUUGACUUUCAUCGACGUGGCGAAUGGAAAAUACCGCCGCUCGAAGGAAAACAUUUUGUCGUCGAUUUCAUCGCAAGCUGUUCGGCAGCGCCCACGUUCCGCAGACCUUCUGCGGAAAUGCUGAAGCUACUUAACGAAGAAACAGCAAAGGAUCCGGGACUCUUCAAGAGCAGUUUUGAUGUCGUCGAAAUCGAAAGCGACCAACUUCUACUGCCCGAAGGGCUUGAAAGCAUUGAAAUUACCAGGACCAACAUCUUCAAAAGCUUCGUGGGGCGGGGCCGGAAUGCCAAAAACGAUGCCCGUGGAUGCAAGUCCGAUUCCGAUGCACAAAUGACGCCGAAUUUACCCUCACUGGGAUCGGAUUUCGAAAGCGGUUUGACCGGAAGAUCCGGUUCGUUGCCGCGCGUUGGCGUACCAGGGGCAGAAUCAACCUCGUCAAUGGAGGGACAGUAUUCGGAGAUGGAAAAUUCUCAUGCUCGCCCAAUUUUCACCCCCAGUCAACGUCAAGAAGUCUCAAAAAUUAUUGACAGGAACGCUGAGGAGCUGCCGAAUUCCACGCCUUCCGAGCCCAGACAAGCCAUCGCAACAAGCCUCACGACGGCACGAAUCGAUCCAGCAAGCAUUCCUACAGUCCUGCCUAUUAAUACAGUGUUUACCCGGCAGUCCCGGUUCUCCACGCCCACCCGGUUAAGAGUUGAUGACUACGACAAGUUGAGGGCACAACACUUGGCCGCUAUCCGAACGAUCGAACAGCGCACAAUGGCGAAGCAGAGACCGCCAGGAGCCCAG